AAGGGAAAUAAAGCGAUGGCCUUAUCCAGGAAAUGCGGUUUUCCAGCCCGUGCGAUGAGUCCAAAGCUAACAAGCACACGAGCAGCAAGAGCCAACGGGCCGGGGCCCCCCGCGUCGCUCUCGCAGAUCACGAACAAAAGAGCUCCUGAACGAAGCCCGCCGCCGCACGAUGGCACAUGGAGCAGCAGCAUCAGGCGGCGCCGCCUCCGCCGCCGCGCGGGCGAGCAGAGGCGCGCCGGGGACGUGGAGGCGGGUGCGGAGGGCGGCGCGGGAGGCGGCUGCGCACGCGCUGCUGCUCUGCUUCACCACCCUCCUCGCCUUCAAGCUCGACGGCGUUCUCCUCUCCCGCUCCUGGUGGUGUGUCUGUUAGCUUUGCUCCAAAUUCAUUCUUUCAUUCUGAAGUUGAAAUGUCCGGCAGCAAGUAAAUUAGACUAUUCAACUUUACAGCGGAUUCCAUGCCAUUCCAUUGUUGCCACACCCUUGCUAGUUGCUUUUGAACUUCUUCUCUGUAUCUACCUUGAAGGCCAGGGUGAACCUUUUCUAGAUUUAAAGCUUGUUUUCCUUCCACUCCUGGCCUUGGAAAUUAUUAUGUUAGUUGACAAUUUCAGGAUGUUUGGUGCUCUAAUGCCUGGACAUGGGGAAACAAUCACUGAUGAAGAGAUAUGGGAUAGGCUUCCUCACUUCUGGGUUGCAAUUUCCAUGGUGUUUCUACUAGCAGCUACUUCACUCAUGCUUCUCAAGCUAUGCGGUGAUGCAGUUACUCUGGGGUGGUGGGAUUUAUUCAUUAACUUUGGGAUUUCCCAGUGCUUUGCUUUUCUUGUCUGCAUAAGGUGGUCCAAUCCAAUGGAUAUUGGUGGCCCUGUACUGAUAAUUCCUAUCGUAAUUUCUCAAGUUCUCCUAUGUAUGCGCUUAGAGGGUACUCCAUCUUAUGCACGGUUUAUUCCGGUUCGAGCUAUUUUCUCACCUAUAUUUUUGCUCCAAGUGGUUGCUGUACUGUUUGCCGUUUGGAGAUUCUUUGAAAGGCUUGUUAUUAAAUUGCAAGAUGGAGUUGUUAGUGAAGGAUAUAUUUCUGUCUCAUCAAAGAUUGAUGAGUUGUUUAUGAUGGUACAAUAUGGUUCAAGGCUCAUUACGUGGUCUAUUGACGAAGAUAGCAAAGAGGAACAAGCACAUUUAUGCUAUACAAAUAACAUUGGGUAUAGUACAUUUUGCAGUUAUCCCCCCGAGAUGGUAAAAGAGAUGCCGAAAAAAGUUCUUGUCAAAGAGAUACAGAGACUUCAGUUAGCAUUGGGAGAGCAAAGCAAAAUGGCAAUGCUUAGCCAACAGCAGUGUGAGAGGCUGAAGAAUGAACGAAUCUUAUGUCGAAUUUGCUUUGAGAGGUACAUCUGCAUUGUUCUGCUUCCAUGCCGCCAUCAUGUUCUAUGCGAACCUUGCUCUGACAAGUGCCAAUCAUGCCCGAUUUGUCGAGUGCCUAUUGAGACCAAGUUAUCUGUUAAUGAUGCAGUGAAUUCAGACGAUCCAUUAAGUGACAUUGUCUAGAAGCUGACAUGUUGGCCAUAGCAUUAGAACUUCAACUUCUGGUGUCAGCAGCAACACACUGAUUGCCGGUAUAGGAAGAUAAACUAUUCUGGCUUUGAAGUUGAAAGGAAAGCUAGAAUAAGUUGCGGCUCAGAACAGAGGACAUGAAAAUCAAGAGCCGUACCGCGUGCGCAAUCCCUCUUCUCGAGUGACAGUAUUACAGAAAGAAAGUGCGAGCGGUUGAUUCUCUCUCACCCAUAUAUGGCGGCAGCACGAAUAGCCACUUGAACCACUGAAUUUCCUGGCAAAGGCUGCCAGACGUGUUGCACCUGGACAGUUUCUGAGGAAGGGUGGUUCUUAUAUAACUUCUUAACAGCUGAUAGGGGGGUCACUUCAGGUUGUUUGAACUGUUGUUUUCAGGGUCCAAACUAUAACUUUCACUUCAUCAGUUCAGACGAGUUUAUCCGCUGUUUGCAGCAAAGCCGCACCGCUCUUUCCAGUGUAGCUAGUUGUUACC